AUGGACCCCGGCUGGGUCGUCCGCCCAAGGACAGCCGCGACGACACCGGCUGCCCUUUUGGACGAUCUGGAGCUUACCGCUCAGCGGAACCUAGCCCUGGCUCGCCUAAACUCCUCACCCCUGCCCCCAAUCCAGACCAACCAUAUGAACAACGCCAGUAGCAACUCGGUCGCCAAUGGGCCCAACAACGUUGGACCCGCCGGUGUCACCGAGCAGUCACUGUACAGUCAUCUCUACGGUAAAGAGAUGGGGUUGAUGAGAAAGUUGAGUAAUAUCGAUGAAUACCCGAACCACGCAGCACGCAGCUAUCAGCAACUGUUGCAACACUCGGACGGUAUCCUUCCACCGGGCGCUGGUCAUCCAAUGCAGCAAAACUUCACCGGCCAUCCACAUGCCGCCAAAUUUAAUCAGUUCAAUUACCCAAAUCCGGGUGGUCUGCUGAAACCAUGCUACGACUAUGCCUCUCAACAGCAACAGCAACAAGCAGCGGCCACCCAACAGCAUCAUUUGCAGUCCCAUCAGAAUGCAGCAUCGGGAACGGCUAACAACGCGACGCCAACGUCCAAUCAACAGAUGAAAAAGGAAAUGUUUAAUCUAAGCGGCAGCAAUGGAGCUGAUUUAUACACUUCCCCACCUUCGACCUCUUCCGGUUCGGUGGCAUCGACUGGGGCGACCAACACCACAGCGUCCUCAAUGGCCAACGGGAACACCGGCAACGGCAACUCGCUCGCGUUCAUGAAUCUUCAUCAAUCGUCAUCCGCAGCAGCGGCAGCAGCCGUAGCCGCCGCCAUGUAUGCCAAUCAUUUUAACACCAAUGGCACAGGUGCGAGUGGCGGCGGCGGCGUCGGUGGUCUCUCUAAAAUGGACAACGGCGACAGCUUAGCUGACUUCAACCCGAUGCGAAACGUUGGCGGCAACGGUCCACCCAACAACGGUAGCAACAAUCUAAUCAAAUCCGCCGACUCGGUCCUGAUGGCAAGAAGCUCAAUUAUGAAUAAUUUAAAUAAUAAUCUUAAUAAAAUUGAACCAAAUACUGAUACCACACUUAACGAUAAUAACAAUAAUCCACAUAAUCAUCACCAAGGCCACAAUCAUCUCGCUUCCCACCAGCAGCAGCAUCACGGCGGCGGUGGUGGUCAUCACCCAUUUGGCCAUCACCACCAGAUGGGUGGCGGAGCGGGAGGAGUUGCUACCGGACCUGGCAAUAAUGAUGACGAUAACGAUAAAUUGUCGUCCCCACUGACGGGCACCUCGUCGCUCACCAAUCCCGACCUGAACGAUCCGGAGAACGAGGGCAACGACGAUGGGUACACCAUUCUGUAA